AUGUUGAAGCAGUUUAUGCUUUCUCUUGCCUUCUCCGCGGAAGGCAUUGCUGGCAAGCGUGGCGGGCCGCACACCGGUGGCUCCUACCAAAGCCCGUCGUCCCUUCAUGGUACUACAAAUCAAGCAACAGGAGCGAAGAUGUCCGAGUUGGUUUUUGAGCGCAUGUCUCUUUAUCCGUUGGACAUAGCGUCUGUGAACCUAGCCAAAGAGCUGGAUUUGAGCACUUUUACUGAUGCGGCUGCGCACUUAUUCGCAUACUACGAAAAGAUUGCGCGACCAGCGCAAUUUCGUGUACAUCAUCCACAGGCACGAGAGGAAUUUUUCUCCCUCGAUGCAGGUGGUCGGCGUAGCCAAUUCUUCCAACGAUGGCAACGAUUCGUGACUGCAGGAAUCUUGAACCAGUCUCCGGAAGGCUGGGAUCAUCGUGGCGAGAUGUUCUACCCUGUUUCGGAAACGGCCGUCUGUGCGAAUCCUUUCAGAACAAUAGGUUUAAAAGAGCAGGAGGACGGUCCCGAGAAAGAACGCGAAGAAACUGAAUCACAGGUAUGUUGCAGCAUUGAUUCGCUUUUGCGCGCAGUCUUUGACGAUGGUGUGUCUCAGCCAGGGGCGAUAGUAGAACGAGCAACCAAGAGUGGAGAUGAGAGUGCCAAAGACGAAGAAGCCGUGUGUGCCGCGGUUGCAGAUGCGCCGGAGUAUUAUUCUGGACGAGCGGAAACAGCUUCAGCAAUGAAUUCCACAGCUAACAGCGACGGGAACAAGAAGUCAGGAGGAGAAGGGACCUUGGAUAGAGUUAGAGACUUUUCUACGUAUCGGAGUGCUUUCUUGAACUUCCGGAAACGCAUUAAGCAGCUCACAAAAGUCUAUUUGCGCGACCGCGUUGACAUGUCCGCAUUACGCGUACAGCUACUGGCGGAAGCUUUGCCCGCAGGUGGGGGCGUGCGGUCGCAUGUGCACACAGGCGUUUUGUUGGCGGGACAGUUUUUUUCCGACGCCGGACACGAUGAGCAAGAUGUGGUUCUGAUACUGGAGGAUCCUCGCGCUGCGCAGCCGCCGUUCGGUCGAGCGCAGAACCAGCGUCCUUUAGCAGGACAGGUGAUUCUUUUCCCGCCCUGGGUCCCCCACGGUACUGCAUGGAGUCUGCUGUCUUCACGAUCACGGCGUAAAAAUCAAGGGACCUCCAACUACGAGGAACAAGAGAGAGUUCGUUUUUCUUGGACAUUUCUAGUCUAUGAGGACCAUGCGGACAUGGACUGGGACGCCGACGCCACAUCCGCAAUGUUUCAGAAAGAACAAAAACGCUUGGUUUUCCCUGCUCUUUGAAGACUGAAAUGAGUCAAAUUUUGCUCGACAUUUAUCUUAUCCAGUGGAGCGAUGCGCAUGCGUGUACCUGAAGGGUUAAACUUAAGUAGAAACUUCUUGGGCCAAGAUUUGCUACAUGGUCAUUAUGAUUAGGCCAUGAGGUACUUGAUCUUCAAAUGUUUUACAUAAAACGAUGAACACACACCACACAGCAGUCAGGGUAGCG